UGGGCUUCUAGCUCUCGCGGCUCCUCCUCCCUCCCCGCCCACCCCGCGUCCCUAAGACGCUGCGGUCGCAGUUCCGGCCGAACUGCCGCCUUACUCCAGCCCCUGGCCAGGUCUCCGCUGCGUGUGCUCCGCGCCGUCAGUCCAGCUCGUGCGGGGAUCCCGGCUGGCCGGAUCCGGGCGCCGCACUCACGGCGGCUCCGCCUCAGGCGCCGAGCGGGCAGGAGCCCGCGUCCCCGGCGGACGGCGUCAUGAGGAACCUGCCGUACUUCUGCCGCGGCCAGGUGGUGCGCGGCUUUGGCCGCGGCUCCAAGCAGCUGGGCAUCCCCACGGCCAAUUUUCCAGAACAAGUGGUAGACAGUCUUCCAGCUGAUGUAUCCACUGGCAUUUAUUAUGGUUGGGCCAGUGUGGGAAGUGGAGAUGUCCAUAAGAUGGUGGUGAGCAUAGGAUGGAACCCAUACUACAAGAAUGUGAAGAAAUCCAUGGAAACUUGUAUCAUCCAUACCUUUAAAGAGGACUUCUAUGGAGAAAUUCUCAAUGUAGCCAUUGUUGGCUACCUCAGACCAGAAAAGAACUUUGAUUCUUUAGAGUCACUUAUUUCAGAGAUUCAAGGUGAUAUUGAAGAAGCUAAAAAACGGCUAGAUUUACCAGAACAUUUGAAACUCAAAGAUGACAAUUUCUUCCAAGUUUCCAAAGGCAAAAUUAUGAAUGGCCAUUGAUGAAAAAUUACCUUAUUUGUUCAUUCACUGUUUCCUAAUACUUCUCUGCUCAUAACUGCAUUCUCACCCUGGUUGUAUUUUAGUUAAACAUUUUCCUGUGGCUGUUAGUUUAAAUAGUACAAGGUAGUUGCCCCUAUUGCACUUCAGCUAUUAAAUUCAUCAUGCUAUAGUACUAAAAAGAUUCAUGUAAAAAUCAAUUUUUUUAAUAUGUGGACUGAAAUGAACCACUAGAAAGAUAAUAAGUGUCUUAUAAUGGAAAUAAAAUGUAUAUAAAUAUGGAUGGAAAAGCAAGUCACUGAUGGGAACUGAGAACUGCAGCUUUCACAGUAAAGAACCGGGUUAUGCGCCUGGAGAGGCUUUAAUGGGAAGUGUGUCACACAGAACCUACCUGAGGAGGAAAACCCACACUGGAUUUUGUUUUGAACAUUAAUAUAUUCUUACAGAUAGGAACUUCUGUGAGCUCUGUCUCGUGUCCCUGUGUUUGUGAAGAGCUGUUUCAAUUUGGAGUGGCCUAGACUGUCCCCUCCUACCUGGGCUUUGUUUUCUACAUAGUAGUGAACAUUGAAUCCAGGGCCUCACACAUGCUAGGCAAUGCUUUACCACUGAACUAUGUUCCCAGCCCCUUUUCAGCCUUUUAUAUUAUAGAAAAUGCCUUUUUUUGUGUUGUUAAUAAGUUUUUGUAAAGAGCAGAUACUCAUUAACAUUUUUCUUGACUUUGGUUCAGUUUUCCUUUAAACGAUUGAUGUUUUCCCAUUUGGAAUAUUCUGCAGCUGUGCACUUCACAGACUGCAUGCGUCUGUCUAUUCUGUUCCAUCACAGUAUGAAGGUGGGAGAUGUAUAUCAGCAAUGCAUUCUUUGGGAAAACAAAACAAUAAACCAGCUACAGGCUUCCUUAGGAUUGAAGUAGACACAUAGCCGUUCAUUUGAAUGUACAAGUUUCUUAAACACAAAAUGAUUGUUUUUCUCUUAGGGAAACUACUUAAUAACCAAUUAAACUAUGAAGUAGAAGGAUUUAGUUUUUACUGUGGUUCUGUGUUCUAGAGCAAAUCUAUGCCUGUGUAGCCCUGUAAAGUAUAAUUUAUUGCUAGUCUAAAGAGUACUUGUAGCUUGAAAAAUGGAGAAAGUGAAAUAAUCUUUUACCUUUGCAGUUUCCCUCUUACCGAAACUUUUGGCUGCUUGAGUUCUUUUGUUCAUAUUGGCAGAAAGUUAAAAUUGUGAAUAGUUAGGAAAUUGGAUUACAGAUUGCUUUGUGGCCAUCAGAGCACACUGAAGCAUUGUUCACUUUAUAGCAACAGAGUUGCUGGUGGGGAGGCACUGCCUGGUGGGAGGUAGACACUAAAGUACAGAGAAGGGAAUUUUAAAGAUAAUAUAUAUGUAUUUGUGUGUGGUAGGGAUAGAACCCAGGGCCUUGUGAAUGCUAGGCAAGCACUAUACCCCUGAGCUGCAUCCCUACCUUUGAAAAUAUAAUUAUUAAUGUUGGCAAUCUCAUACUUAAAAGGAGCCUCAGUUAUCAAAGAUUUAUGAAGCCAAGUUAAAAACAUGCAUGGAGAGUACAAAAACAGAUUGGUAUUUUUUAGUUCGAAUAGCUUGCUGUUGAUUAUGUGGCCCAGUGUGAAGGUUCAUUGAUAUUGUCGCCUUACAUUUUGUUAAAUGGCCAUUGAUUUUGGAAACAUGUAAUGUGUUGUUUAGGGUUAAUUGAUUUCAAAAACUGUAUUUCUUAUGUAUUCCAAGAAAUUAUAGUACCACUA